AUCAAAACAAGUUUACAACAAAGCAGGCCAUUAAACCAGGCAACAGUAAAUGUACACUACGUGCUUCAUGUUAUCCUCAAUGUAGCCCAACGCCAACGACCGAAAAGAAAAGGCAGAAGGAAAAGACAAACAUUUAUGUUAAUGUUUUUGCAGUUGUUCAGUCAAGCCGCUGGGAGCUGUCGUGUUUCUACUGUUUCUGGUCGAUCACGGACGAAUCGGGAAGAUGCAGCGAGACAAAACAAGCAACGCUAGUGCGGCUGAAAAGCCAGACCGGGAGGCAGCCAUCAUGUCCAAAUACUACGAUGGCGUUGAGUUUCCUUUUUGUGAUGAAUUCUCAAAGUAUGAGAAAAUGGCCAAGAUUGGCCAAGGGACAUUUGGGGAGGUAUUCAAAGCUAAACACAGACAAACUGGAAAGAAGGUGGCCCUAAAGAAAGUUCUAAUGGAAAAUGAAAAAGAAGGGUUUCCUAUCACAGCUUUGAGGGAAAUAAAGAUUCUGCAGCUGCUUAAACAUGAGAAUGUUGUCAAUCUAAUCGAGAUCUGCAGAACCAAAGCCACUCAGUUCAAUAGAUACAAAGGGAGUAUCUACCUUGUUUUUGACUUCUGUGAGCAUGAUUUGGCUGGUUUGUUGAGCAACUCUAAUGUAAAGUUCACUUUAGCUGAGAUAAAGAAGGUUAUGCAAAUGCUUCUUAAUGGGCUCUACUAUAUCCACAGAAACAAGAUCCUCCACAGAGACAUGAAAGCAGCAAACGUCCUCAUCACUAGAGACGGUGUCCUUAAACUAGCAGAUUUUGGUUUAGCACGAGCUUUCAGUUUGGCCAAAAACAAUCAGGGGAAUCGCUAUACUAAUCGAGUCGUCACGUUGUGGUACAGACCACCAGAACUACUGCUUGGUGAGCGUGACUAUGGCCCCCCUAUCGAUCUGUGGGGUGCAGGUUGUAUCAUGGCUGAGAUGUGGACGAGGAGUCCCAUCAUGCAGGGCAACACAGAACAACAUCAGCUCACUCUUAUCAGCCAACUGUGUGGAUCCAUCACGGCCGAGGUGUGGCCUGGCGUAGAUAAGAAGUAUGAGCUCUACCAGAAAAUGGAGCUUCCCAAAGGUCAAAAGAGGAAAGUAAAAGAUCGUCUAAAAGCUUAUGUGAAGGAUCCCUACGCUCUGGAUCUCAUUGACAAACUGCUGGUUUUGGACCCUGCACAGCGAAUAGACAGUGAUGAUGCGCUCAACCACGACUUCUUCUGGUCUGACCCCAUGCCCUCUGACCUCAAGAACAUGUUGUCCACACACAACACUUCCAUGUUUGAGUAUUUGGCUCCCCCCAGACGGAGAGGACACAUGCCUCAGCAACAACCAAACCAGAACAGAAACCCUGCCACCACCAGCCAGACAGAGUUCGACCGAGUCUUUUAAGAAUUAUUUCAAAAUAGCUGGAAGACGCCCAUUGUUUUACAUUUUACUGACAGAUGCAAAGUCUUAACAUUUUAAAAACAACGUUGCAAAAGCCAGCCUGUUUUCAGGCUUUUUUGCUUUAGUUGUUAACCUCUACAGACUUCAAUUCUUGAAACUUGAACAAAACGGACUCUAUAGAUUCUACAGACUACUGUUUCAAUGUUUUGCAUAUGUUUUUGUUCUCAAUUAUUUUAUUACAUUUUGUAUAAAAAUAGUAUAUUAUGUGUGAUGUUAUUGCAGGUUGCUUUUUAUUACUUUCUUUUUUUGCAAUAAUAAUUUCCCAGUCAGUUGCACACUGAAAUUAAAAACACUUUUAUACAAAUGAUGAACUGAAUUGCAAUAUUAUAAUCAAUAUAGAUAAAUGCAAUGGUUUAAUGUUUUUGAGAUGGGAGUAAUACUGGGUAUUCCAGGAACAAUGUUGUUUAAUGCAUUAUGCUUCAAUAUACAGCAUUCACAUGUAGGGCUGAAACAAUCAGAAUCAUUUUAACUCAUCAUAAUUAUUUGCUGAUCAUUGCAGUUGUUACCUGGCUCUAAAAAUACAGAAUCUAAAACACAUGCCAACAGAUGUCAGACAUGUAAAUUAUUAAAUCAUAAUGUAUAUUUAAUGUUGAUGUAUACAAGAAAUAUUAAUUUGUCAAUUAAGCAAAAUAAUUGCGGACUAGUCAGCUACUAACAUAAUGAUUAGUUGCAUUCUUAUUCACCUAACAUGUUUGACUAUUGUGUUUGCCCUUAUCAAUAACAGUUUACAAGUUUUGGUGACAUUUAUGUUCCCCACAGGCCUGUAGGGCCUGAGUCUGGAGCCAGUCUGCUGUCACACUGCGCAUCUCUCAUGAUGGAUUGCUCCUCUUGUUUCAGGACCUCUCCAUUGUCACUUCCAUUGAAGAGAACAGUGUGUGUUUGUGUGUGUUCUUUUGUAGGAGUCAGGACAACAUGCCACAUAAAUUAGACAGAUGGUCGUUGGACUUCGAAGACGAAGUGUCUGAAUGCAAAAACACAUGUGGCUGUGCCAGGUUUUGACCUCUGCUGUGAUUAGGAACUCUUACGCAGUUGUUCCAUGUGAUGGCAUCUUCUCAGGUUACACAAAAACACAAUUUGAUGUUUGAGUGACUUUUACAUUUAUCUAUGUUUGAAGGUCAAGCUAAUUAUUUCUAUAAGCACGUAAUAAAAUAACAAUUAUAACCUU